AUGCCCCGUCUUCAAGCCUCCCGACGCGCCUCACUCCUCGCUACCGAACAGCGACACGCGUUCAUACAUGCCUUUCACCCCAGACUUGCCAGUCUCGUCGUCGACCGCUUCCUCUGUGACUCGGCAGACGCGCCAGGUCUCGGUGCCGUCGCCCGUCGAGUCCAGUCUGAUCUGCGCGGACGCACCGGCCGAUACUUCCCCAUUCACCAAGUACUAUCCACCAUCCAUGACGUUGGAACUCGCAAGAAAGGUGUUGUAACUACUCCGACCGUGGCAACCCAGCCUCCUGCGCUCUCCGCCCUCCGCAUCGUGAUCACGCCCACGACGCCUAUGCCCGCCGUUCCUCUGACAGCAAGCCCUCCAUCCAUGUCCCGUCGCCGUCUCCAGCGCAACAUUCCCGCUCUGCAAUGCCAACUCCCGGUUCCCCUUCCCGUCUUCUCUCCGUCCCUCUUUCCGGAUCACACGACCCCCACGACCGCGACGCCUACUAUGUCAUUUGCUUCAUACGCCUUCGCUCAAUACGCUUCCACCAUCAGUUGCUCAUCCCCUAUCACACCCGUCGAGCAGAUCCUCCCCACUCCCCGAUCCCCUCCAAAGAUGCCGCGUGUGGCCCCCGCUCCCCCACGCAUGUGGUCACGACUCAACGCUCAAGCCCGUCAGAUGGAUUCCUCCCCCCUCGGCUUACCCAAGCUGCCCUACUCCCCGGAUAUGCUUGGUUCAAGCUCCGGCAAGCCCCUGCUCGGCCGGCUCCACAUUCCGGAGAGCGACCCCGACCCGUUUGGGUUCCUCAUAUCUCCCUCCAUCCAGCCGCACGUUCCCUUCAACCUGAUGAGGGCUCAAAGCCCUGUGGAGGCGAUGUUGUCGCCCUCGAUUGGACGGACUGGAUCAUCCAGCGCCCUCUCUCGCGCCGCCAUGAUGCGCUUCGUUCGCCCGAGCCUUCCACGCAGCUUCUCCAUGACCACGAAGCUGGCCCCGGGCCAGGCAACGUCUCCCCUCUCGCCCUUCGGCAGCCACGCGUUGGGCUCCCCUCUGUCCAUGGAUCAACCUCUCGCGUCGCCGUUCGCCGCACGUCCCAAGCCGGUCGAGGGAAGCUACUUUUGA